GUAUAUAGAGUGUUCCAGAAUAAUAUAACAAUGAAAUAGUACAAAAAUGAUACCAAAAAGAUCAGAAAAUGCUUUCUAUAUGAAAAGACAGGUCGAAUCCUACACUAAUAGACUCAUUCACUUUAAGCUGAAUCCUUACCAUAGCGAAUGAACCCUACGAUUCUCAUCACUAGAAAAAACUGACAGCAAUCAGCUCACAUUGACAGCAGUUUUUUUCAAUUUUUGUUUUGAUUUUGAAAGAUGAUAGGGGAUUAGGAGUAUCCUCGAUCUUUAGGGAGAAUAAGAAAAGAAAUAUGUAUAAAUUCGUGAUAUCAGGUUUCAAAAAUCUAUAUAACCACUUAUCUCAUAUCCCAGCCGGUGGUUAAGCAGGGAAAACGGAUGUGAGAAUUCCGAUGAUAUAGGAAACCCGUGAUUCCUUAUCAGUAUUUAAACUGUGAUUCAAACACGAUGGAAGAUGAGCCAAGCAUAUCCAAAGAAAUAACCAAAAGCACUGAUUUUUACAUCGGAAUAUUAUUAGCAGUAUGUUCAUCACUAUUCAUAGGCACGAGUUUCAUUAUAAAAAAGAUAUCUCUAACCAGACUGAGCAGAAUUGGGGCCCUAAGAGCAGGAGCUGGGGGCUUUGGCUACCUCAAAGACUGGUUUUGGUGGCUGGGAAUAUCCGCAAUGGGCUUUGGAGAAAUACUCAACUUUGCAGCAUAUGGUUUUGCCCCAGCUUCUGUAGUCACACCCUUGGGAGCUCUAAGUGUCCUAGUUUCUGCAAUUUUAGCUUCAAAAUUCCUCAAUGAAAAGCUAACUAUUGUUGGGAAGUUAGGAUGUCUACUGUGCAUUCUGGGCUCCACAAUGAUUAUACUCCAUGCACCUAAAGAAGAGCCAUUGGAAAAUUUGAACCUGUUCUUAAGCAAACUCCAAGAACCAGCCUUUGCCCACUAUAUGAUAUGCAUGGUUGUGCUCUGUAGUGCCAUAUUAUGUUGCCUAGGACCACGCUUUGGGAGUAGAUAUGUUUGUGUUUACAUCACACUGUGCUCUGCUAUUGGAGGAAUUACUGUAAUGGCUUGUAAGGCUAUUGGUUUAGCCUUAAAAAGUUAUUCAGUGACCUCCCUGCUGAGCUACCCAACCUUCUGGCUACUAUCCACCAUGAUACUGAUCAUGGCCGUAUGCAUCUGUGUACAAAUCACCUACCUGAACCGCACCUUGGACCUCUUCAACGCCAGCAUAGUUACUCCUACUUACUACGUUUUCUUUACCGGUUUUGUAAUCGCGGAGUCUAUAGUACUCUUUAGAGAAUGGGAGCUUAUGACCGCCGGCGAUAUGGCCGGUGCUCUAUGCGGGUUUUUUGUCACUGUUGUCGCGGUGUUUGUGUUGAGCACUUCUAAAGAUGGACAUCAGCAGACGAGACAUCUUGGAGUUAAUACUUAUUUUGCUGUUAAAAGUUGAGAGUCUCAGGUAGAUUUAUGUGAAAGUAAGAAUUGCAAAUUGCUACCGUGUCGGCAAUAUGAUUACUGCAGAUACAACACACAACAGUGUGUACGAUGUGGAUCUUAAAGGUAGUAAAGUAUCCUUAGUAAUGAGAUUGAUGAUGUGGUGACCAUUUGCAAUCGAAUUUGUGUAGCAUUUCGUUUUUUUUGCCCGCGAUCUGCGCAGCAGUCAGAAUGGAAAUUAACCCACGCGGUUAGUGUCAUCAAUGAUGAUGCAUAGAUUGAUAGUAUAAUCUUAUUAAAAAGUGACCCAUUUUAAGGAAUCUGCAUGUUGCCAGGCCCCAAUUUGCUUCAAAUUAUUUUUGUUCAAUUUUUUUCCAUUCCAACAAUUGUUUUUUCACUCCAGUCAAUGUGUUUUUUUAAGAAAUUCUGAACAAAAAAUGUGCUCUAGAACUUGCCCCUAAGGUUUGUAGUUUUAGAGAUUCUAGCGAAAAAUUAAAAAUUGCGAAACAUCCCAUUUUCUACCUCGAAAAACAAUACGAAAAAAAGAAAAUUUUAAUGCUGCCAAAUGUCCUAAAUAUUCUAUAAACAUCCUUUAACAGGUUAUCAAAGCAUUAUAGGCGGUAUUGUUUAUUGUAAACAUGUGUUUUGUUAACCAAGCCUGCAAUACGUGUGUUAGAGAUAGAACCACCUCGUUGCCUAGCAGCACAAGUGAUAGCGGUUUGCCGCAUUUUGCCAUCGGUGACUCUUUCUAAAAUGCAUAUUUUACGCUUCUCGUGCUUUUCUCUCGUACACAUUACGACGUCAGCCAAAUUUGAACUUCAAGGUAUAUUCUGCGUGAGCUCAAGAGAGAUGCAGCCGUUAGCCGCGGCGAGGAUUUCUCAUUUUCAUGGAUCAUACGUUGAACGUGCAUUUAAUCAAUAAUUAAAAACAAUUGUUUAAAAUAACAUCUAAAAUGAUUUGAGAAUUUGUUAAUGGAUGUUUAAAGGCUAUUCAGGAAGUGCGGCAACAUUGAAAGCAUCGUUUUUUUCAUUUUGUUUUUCGAGAUCAAAAGUGGGAUAUUUUGCACUUUUUAUAUAUUGUAUUAGAGAAAAGUUAUAAAGCACCUUGUUGUUCAGAAUGUCCUGAACAAACCUAAGGACAUUAAGACUGGGACAAAAAAAUUCUUUUUGAAAUUCGUCUAAAAAAUUGUUCAAAUUUUUUUGGGGUUGGUAGCAUGCAGAUUCGUUGGAAGAGAUGAGUAGUAGAUCCACUUGCACUUAAUAACACUAGAGGGAAUGGAGCAGCUUCUAAAAUACUUUUAAUUUCAAAGGAAACUGAAUAAAAAUGGCGUUUAAAAAAUGAAAAAGGCCUAACUUAGGCACACUUUAGGCUACCAAAAUUACAUUUUCAUGAAACAGCGCCCUCUUAAUUACUUUUGAAACUGUUUAUAAAUGAUUCCAGUCACUUAAUGUGAAGACUCUUUAACAGUUGCACUUAUUCUUCUUUGCUCUUUUCCUUUUUUUUUCUUUCUAUUUUCCUUUGAUUUUACAUAAAGGCAUAAACGAAUUGAACUAAAAGUAAGUAAGUAACUUUGACAUGUAAAUAUUUGCAAGCCUGUUGGACAUACAGUACACCUCUGACAAUUUUUACCACUUACUACGCUAAUCUAUUCAAUCUACAGAUAUCUCAUAAAAAUUUUAUUGCUUGGAACAUAUACACAGAAUAUGAGCAACAAGCCAAAUGAAAUUGGUGGUGUUGCAUGCUUUAUUAUUACUGCGAUCCAGUGCCAAACGUUUUUACUAUGACACGUUCUAUAUUCUAUUUAAACUUGGUUUUUUAUAAUAUUUUACGUCUCAGCUCUCUUUUUGCCGCAACACAAACAAACUAUUUUCUUUCGUACACAUGAAGCAAUCGAGAAAAUCUUUAGACGCAUCAAUUCCACGCAGUACUUCUUAAGGCGGAGUUCGCAGGGUAUUCAAGCUAAGCAGUUUCAAACUGUGACAACUUACAUGUUGAAAAAAUCACCCACAAAAGUGAUUUAUAACUUUAUGGAAACAGAAGUCAUUCGUAGAACUCAUAAGUUGCCCUCUAAAUUUUUACUAUCCUUAAUGUCCUGGAAACCCCGCCUCGAACAAAACUAAGUAGCAACAUCUACUAGUACGGUCAGAUGUAAAGAUUAUCACCGACUAGUGCCCAAGCAGCGAAUAGCACGCCUAUUGUGAGUAGCCGCGAUAGGUAUGUGUAAAUCUGUAAGAUAAUUUGUAUUUUCCAAUUAAGGUGUCAUAUAUACAGGUUUAUGUGACUAGUUAUUCUCUCUACAUGACUCUCGAUAUAGUUCUCAUUUUUAAAGGAACCUUGCACAACUGAUAUUCAAUUUUUUAUAGGUAGGUACACUUUUUUAUAGUAGUUUAUAAUAUUUAUUUGAUGCAUGGAAACAAACGCUUAGUUGAAUGUACAACAUUUAUUUUAAUAGAUUUUAUAAAUAAAUAUACUCUCAGUAGGA